AUGGGAGCAGUAAUAUCUAGAAUGAUAGCUAAUGAUGAUGGAUCAAGUUUGGCUUUAUCAGGAAAGCCAACAUUUAAUUUUAAAAAAGGUGGUGGAUUUAGACUUAGAAAUAGAUUAAGAGUGGCAUCAAAUCGAAUUCAAAAUUUUGUAAAAACAGGAUUGAAAACAACAUCUUGGGUUGUUUGGGUAACAGGAGUUUCAGUUGUUGUUUUAAUUACACCAAUUGCUUUUCAGUAUGAAAAAGAAUGCCAACUUUUUGAAAUGCAAGCUCAGUUUUUCCAAGCCCAACAAGCAGCCAAUGUACCUCAACUAAAUUAA